UCAGAAUAGAGAGGGGUUUUAUGCCCUUUCCAUUCAGUUGGUGUUGUGUUUGCUGCGCUGCUCUCGGUUGUGGUGCAAACUAGCUCAUAGAUAACGCUGACUGUUGGAGUUCACACAGUCGUCUGGCCUGUUUUACUGAGCGGCAUUUGUGUCCGACUGCGCUUCCGCCAUGUUGAUCUGAUUCAAGUUGUGACUGCUGGAACUGAAGUGACAAGCCCCAGACAUCGGACUAACGUUAGAGAGAGUUAGGGGGCUGUUACCGCGCCGGUGACGCAGGAAAAACACCCAGAAGCAGAGGGGAAAACGUAGGAAUUAGAUCUUUCUAGUAACAGAUUUUGGGUCCUGCGAAACUGUCCCUGAUAUAGGCCACGUUUAUGUAAUAUACGACAUCGUUCAAUGCUGGACGUAGCCCGUGAAUAGAGGGGGAAGUCAUAUCAAAUUCCUGGUUAUGCAAUGGUCUCAGCGGCACAUCCAGAUCUCCAGGUGCUUGUGUCCCUCUCUCGUGUGUUCGGGCUCUCUUCCCUCUGCUCUACAGCUGAGGUGGCUGUGAUUUCCCUCCUGGCCAGCGCUCCCUAAGAGGCCAAGAUUGCCAAGAUCUGCCCUGUGGCGAGCAUGACAGCCACCACGCGUGGCUCUCCGGUGGGGGGCAAUGACAGUCAGGGCCAGGGCCAGGCACCUGAUGCUCAGAGCCAACCCCCCCUGCCACAGAACCAGACAUCAUCCCCGAACUCAUCUAAUGAGAACUCUCCAGUAAGCCCACCAGAUGAGCAGGGCCAAGGGGAUGGCCCCCCUCAGCUGGAAGAGGAGGAGCCCGCCUUCCCUCACACUGACCUAGCCAAGCUGGAUGAUAUGAUCAACAGGCCUCGUUGGGUCGUUCCAGUUUUGCCAAAAGGAGAGUUAGAAGUCCUCUUGGAAGCUGCUAUUGACCUGAGUAAAAAAGGACUGGAUGUAAAGUGUGAGGCAUGUCAGAGGUUUUUCCGAGAUGGUCUGACCAUCUCCUUUACAAAGAUCCUGACAGACGAGGCGGUCAGUGGCUGGAAGUUUGAGAUUCAUAGGUGUAUCAUCAAUAACACACACCGGUUGGUGGAGCUGUGUGUGGCCAAGCUCUCUCAGGACUGGUUCCCUCUACUGGAGCUGCUGGCCAUGGCCACCAACCCUCACUGCAAGUUCCACAUUUACAACGGCACACGGCCCUCUGAGACUGUCCCCGCUGGAGCACAGCUGGCUGACGAUGAGCUCUUCGCCCGACCACCAGACCCACGCUCUCCUAAGGGCUGGUUGGUGGACUUAAUAAACAAAUUUGGCACGUUAAACGGGUUUCAAAUGUUGCACGAUCGCUUCAUGAGCGGCCAAGCACUGAACGUCCAGAUCAUCGCUGCACUUAUCAAGCCUUUUGGCCAGUGUUACGAGUUCCUCACAUUGCACACGGUAAAGAAGUACUUCCUUCCAGUCAUCGAAAUGGUUCCCCAGUUUCUAGAGAAUCUUACAGAUGAGGAGCUAAAGAAAGAGGCCAAGAAUGAAGCCAAAAACGACGCACUGUCCAUGAUAAUCAAGUCUCUGAAGAAUCUGGCUUCUCGUGUACCAGGGCAGGAGGAGACCGUGAAGAAUUUAGAGAUUUUUAGAUUAAAAAUGAUUCUUAGGUUAUUGCAAAUUUCUUCUUUUAACGGCAAAAUGAAUGCACUAAAUGAAGUUAACAAGGUGAUCUCCAGUGUGUCCUACUACACUCAUCGGCAUAACCCUGAAGAGGAGGAGUGGCUGACUGCAGAGCGCAUGGCGGAGUGGAUCCAGCAGAACCACAUCCUGUCCAUUGUGCUGAGGGACAGUUUGCACCAGCCGCAGUACGUAGAGAAACUGGAGAAGAUCCUUCGCUUCGUUAUCAAAGAAAAAGCUCUUACAAUGCAGGAUCUGGACAACAUCUGGGCGGCACAGGCUGGUAAGCAUGAGGCCAUUGUGAAGAAUGUCCAUGACCUCCUGGCCAAGCUGGCAUGGGACUUCUCACCUGAGCAGCUCGAUCACCUUUUUGACUGUUUCAAGUCAAGCUGGACCAAUGCCAGCAAGAAGCAGCGUGAAAAACUGCUGGAACUUAUCCGGCGCUUGGCUGAGGAUGAUAAGGAUGGGGUGAUGGCCCACAAGGUCCUCAACCUGCUGUGGAACCUGGCACACAGUGAUGAUGUGCCUGUAGACAUCAUGGACCAGGCUCUUAGUGCUCACAUCAAAAUAUUAGAUUACAGUUGUUCACAGGACAGAGACACACAGAAGAUUCAGUGGAUAGAUCGCUUCAUAGAGGAGCUACGAACCAAUGACAAAUGGGUGAUCCCUGCCCUGAAGCAAAUAAGAGAAAUCUGUAGCCUCUUUGGAGAAGCCCCUCAAAACCUUAGAAAGAAAAUGAAAAUGCCAAUUAACAUACAAACGAACUUAGUGGGGUUCCUGCUAAAAGAUGGCCAGCUGUGGCUAUGUGCCCCUCAGGCCAAGCAGAUCUGGAAGUGUCUGGCUGAGAACGCAGUGUUUCUGUGUGACCGUGAGGCCUGCUUCAAAUGGUACUCCAAGCUGAUGGGUGAUGAACCAGACCUGGACCCAGACAUCAAUAAGGACUUUUUUGAGAACAACGUUCUGCAGUUGGACCCAUCUCUGCUGACAGAGAAUGGCAUGAAAUGCUUUGAGAGGUUCUUUAAGGCUGUCAACUGCAGGGAAGGCAAGCUGGUGGCAAAGCGCAGGGCCUAUAUGAUGGAUGACCUGGAAUUAAUAGGCUUGGACUACCUCUGGAGGGUGGUAAUUCAAGGAAGUGAUGACAUCGCCAGCCGAGCUAUAGACCUGCUGAAAGAGAUCUACACCAACCUCGGACCAAAACUGCAAGUCAAUCAGGUUGAAAUUCAUGAAGAUUUCAUCCAGUCAUGUUUUGACCGUCUGAAGGCGUCCUAUGACACCCUGUGCGUGUUGGAUGGAGACAAAGACAGCAUCAACUGCGCCCGUCAGGAGGCUAUCCGCAUGGUGCGAGUUCUCACUGUGCUCAAAGAGUACAUCAAUGAGUGUGACAGUGACUACCAUGAGGAGAGGACUAUACUGCCUAUGUCAAGAGCUUUCCGCGGGAAGCAUAUCACAUUGAUCGUCCGUUUCCCCAACCAGGGGCGUCAGGUAGAUGACUUGGAUAUCUGGUCACACACUAAUGAUACAAUCGGCUCGGUUCGGCGUGGCAUCCUCAACAGGAUCAAAGCUAAUGCUGCACAUACCAAGAUUGAGCUCUUCAUUGGUGGGGAGGUUGUUGAUCCAGCUGAUGACAGGAAGCUGAUUGGACAGCUCAAUUUAAAGGACAAAACGCUGAUCACGGCCAAGCUGACCCAGGUGAGUGCCAACAUGCCUUCAAGCCCAGACAGCUCUUCUGACUCAUCCACUGGCUCUCCGGGUAACCACGGCAACCACUACAGCGAUGGGCCUAACCCUGAGGUGGAGAGCUGUCUUCCUGGUGUGAUUAUGUCGCUGCAUCUGCGCUACAUCUCCUUCCUGUGGCAGGUGGCUGACCUGGGCUGCAACCUCAACAUGCCACUGCUUAGAGACGGAGCUCGAGUUUUAAUGAAACUCAUGCCCCCAGAUAACACUACUGUAGAGAAUCUGCGAGCUGUGUGUCUGGACCACGCCAAGCUUGGUGAGAACAGCCUCAGUCCUUCACUGGACUCGCGCUUCUUCGGCCCCUCACCCUCACAAGUGCUCUACCUCAUCGAGGUUGUUUAUGCUUUGCUGAUGCCAGCCAGUGCAACUCUGGGCGAAGACGCCAGUGACUUCCAGUACAACUUCUUGAAGAGUGGUGGACUGCCCCUGGUGUUGAGCAUGCUCACCAGGAACAACUUUCUCCCAUCGGCAGACAUGGAGACACGGCGUGGGGCUUACCUCAAUGCACUUAAGAUCGCCAAGCUCCUCCUUACUGCUGUAGGCUUUGGGCAUGUGAAGGCUGUGGCUGAGGCCUGCCAACCCAACGCUGAGGGAAAUAUACCUGUCUCACCGAUUAAUCAGGCCACUCAUGACCAAGCCCUGGUCCUCCAGAGUGCCCUGCAAAAUAUCCCUAACCCUGCCUCAGAAUGCAUGCUGCGCAAUGUAGCCAUCCGCCUGGCCCAGCAGAUCUCUGAUGAGGUAACAGAAAAUAAUUUCUUCCAGGCAUCGAAGUACAUCCCAGACAUCUGUGUGAUCCGAGCAGUACAGAAAAUAGUGUGGGCAUCAGGCUGUGGUACAGUGCAGCUCGUCUUCAGUUCAAAUGAAGAAAUCAGCAAGAUAUAUGAGAAGACAAAUGCAGCUAAGGAGCCAGAUGGGGAAGAUGAGCAGGUGUGUUGCGAGGCCCUGGAGGUGAUGACACUGUGUUUUGCCCUCAUGCCCACUGCUCUGGACACUCUCAGUAAGGAGAAGGCUUGGCAGACCUUCAUCAUAGACUUGCUGCUACACUGCCACAGCAAAUCUGUGCGUCAAAUGGCCCAGGAGCAGUUUUUCCUGAUGGCAACUAGGUGCUGUAUGGGCCAUCGACCCCUCCUUUUCUUUAUCACCCUUCUCUUCACUGUGCUGGGGAGUACAGCCAAGGAGCGAGCCAAACAUGCUGGAGACUACUUCACUUUACUCAGACAUCUUCUGAACUAUGCCUAUAACAGCAACAUCAACCUGCCAAAUGCUGAGGUCCUGCUCAACAAUGAGAUUGACUGGCUGAAGCGGAUAAGGGAUGAGGUAAAGAGGACAGGGGAGACCGGUGUGGAGGAGACCAUCCUGGAGGGCCACCUUGGGGUUACCAAAGAGCUUCUAGCCUUCCAAACACCAGAGAAGAAGUAUUACAUUGGCUGCGAGAAAGGGGGAGCCAACCUCAUUAAGGAGCUGAUUGACGACUUCAUCUUCCCAGCAUCUAAUGUGUACCUGCAGUACAUGAAAAGUGGGGAGUUCCCCACAGAGCAGGCCAUCCCUGUGUGCAGCACCCCUGCUUCUAUCAACGCUGGCUUUGAGCUCCUGGUAGCACUGGCUGUUGGAUGUGUUCGCAACCUCAAGCAAAUAGUCGACACCCUGACUGACAUGUACUACUUAGGUUGCGAGACACUGACAGAGUGGGAGUACUUGCCUCCGGUGGGGCCACGCCCCAACAAAGGCUUUGUAGGUUUGAAGAAUGCCGGGGCCACAUGUUAUAUGAACUCUGUCAUUCAGCAGCUGUACAUGAUUCCUCCAAUCCGCAAUGGCAUCCUGGCCAUUGAGGGGACAGGCACUGAUGUGGAUGAUGACAUGUCAGGAGAUGAGAAGCAGGAGAAUGAGAGUAACGUAGAUCCUCGUGAUGAGGUGUUCAGCUACCACCAUCAGUUUGACGAUAAACCCUCCAGUAAGUCAGAGGACAGGAAAGAGUACAACAUUGGAGUACUACGUCACCUACAGGUCAUUUUUGGACAUCUGGCUGCGUCCAGACUUCAGUACUAUGUCCCUAGGGGAUUCUGGAAACAGUUCAGAUUAUGGGGUGAGCCAGUGAACUUGCGGGAGCAGCAUGAUGCUCUGGAGUUUUUUAACUCUUUGGUGGACAGUCUCGAUGAAGCUUUGAAAGCCCUGGGCCACCCCGCCAUGCUGAGCAGGGUGCUGGGAGGGUCCUUCGCUGACCAGAAGAUCUGUCAGGGAUGCCCCCACAGGUAUGAGUGUGAGGAGUCGUUCACAACACUCAAUGUUGAUAUCAGAAACCACCAGAACCUGUUGGACUCCAUGGAGCAGUAUGUCAAAGGAGAUCUGCUUGAGGGAGCCAAUGCCUACCACUGUGAGAAGUGUAAUAAGAAGGUGGACACAGUGAAGCGCCUGCUGAUAAAGAAGCUGCCACCUGUCCUGGCCAUCCAGCUGAAGCGCUUUGACUAUGACUGGGAGAGGGAGUGUGCCAUCAAGUUCAAUGACUACUUUGAGUUCCCCAGGGAGCUGGACAUGGAGCCGUACACGGUAGCUGGUGUGGCCAAGCUAGAGGGCGAUGACGUCAACCCGGAGAACCAGGUGAUCCAACAGAAUGAGCCCUCUGAACCCACACCUCCCGGAAGUUCCAAGUAUCGUCUGGUGGGAGUGCUGGUCCACUCAGGCCAGGCCAGUGGCGGGCACUACUAUUCCUACAUAAUCCAGAGGAACGGAGGUGAUGGGGAGAAGAACCGCUGGUAUAAGUUUGAUGAUGGUGAUGUGACUGAGUGCAAGAUGGACGAUGAGGAGGAGAUGAAGAACCAGUGCUUUGGAGGGGAAUACAUGGGCGAGGUGUUCGAUCACAUGAUGAAAAGGAUGUCGUACCGGAGGCAGAAGCGCUGGUGGAAUGCCUACAUCCUAUUCUAUGAGCGUAUGGACUCUUUGGACAAGGACAGCGAGCUUGUCAAAUACAUCUCGGAGUUGACCAUCUCCUCCACCAAGCCGCAUCAGGUCAAGAUGCCUGGUGUCAUCGAGUGCAGCGUCCGCAAGCAGAACGUCCAAUUCAUGCACAACCGAAUGCAAUACAGCCUGGAAUAUUUCCAGUUCAUUAAGAAACUUCUGACCUGUAACAGUGUCUAUUUAAACCCUCCUCCAGGACAAGACCAUCUUCUGCCAGAGGCAGAGGAGAUUGCUAUGAUAAGUGCUCAGCUGGCUGCUAGGUUCCUCUUCAGCACAGGGUUUCACACCAAGAAAGUAGUACGAGGUCCUGCCAGUGACUGGUAUGACGCCCUCUGCAUCCUGCUGAGACACAGUAAGAAUGUACGCUAUUGGUUUGCACACAAAGUCCUGUUUGCUUACCCUAACCGGUUCUCAGAGUACCUGCUUGAGUGCCCGAGCGCUGAGGUCCGUGGUGCAUUUGCCAAGCUCAUUGUCUUCAUUGCUCACUUCUCCCUGCAAGACGGCCCAUGCCCCUCCCCCACUGCCUCGCCUGGACCCUCUACUCAGGGCUGUGAUAACCUCAGUCUAAGUGACCACCUGUUGAGAGCUGUGCUCAACCUGCUCAGAAGAGAGGUUUCUGAACACGGCCGUCACCUGCAGCAGUACUUUAACCUCUUUGUCAUGUAUGCCAAUCUGGGCCUGGCAGAAAAGACCCAGCUGUUGAAGCUGAAUGUCCCUGCCACUUUCAUGUUGGUCGCUUUGGACGAGGGUCCCGGCCCUCCCAUUAAGUAUCAGUACGCUGAGCUGGGCAAGCUCUACACUGUAGUCUCCCAGCUGGUCCGUUGCUGCGACGUCUCCUCACGCAUGCAGUCCUCAAUCAAUGGUAACCCUCCUCUCCCUAACCCGUAUGGUGACCCCAACCUGACGGCCCCAGUGAUGCCUGUGCAACAGCUGGUAGCAGAAAUCCUGUUUGUGAGGACUAGUUACGUGAAGAAGAUAAUCGAGGACUGCAGCAACUCUGAGGAGACGGUGAAGCUGCUUCGCUUCAGCUGCUGGGAGAACCCUCAGUUCUCCUCCACUGUGCUCAGUGAGCUGCUCUGGCAGGUGGCGUACUCCUACACCUAUGAGCUGAGGCCUUACCUGGACUUGCUGCUACAGAUCCUACUCAUCGAGGACUCCUGGCAGACACACCGGAUCCACAAUGUGCUGAAGGGCAUUCCCGAUGACAGAGAUGGGCUCUUUGACACCAUCCAGCGCUCCAAGAACCACUACCAGAAAAGAGCCUACCAGUGCAUUAAGUGCAUGGUGGCCCUCUUCAGCAACUGCUCCGUGGCCUACCAGAUCCUCCAGAGUAAUGGUGACCUGAAAAGAAAGUGGACGUGGGCAGUGGAGUGGUUAGGGGACGAGCUGGAGAGGAGGCCAUACACGGGGAACCCCCAGUACACCUACAACAACUGGUCCCCUCCGGUUCAGAGCAAUGAGACCUCCAACGGCUAUUUCCUGGAGCGUUCGCACAGCGCACGUAUGACCCUUGCCAAGGCUUGUGAACUUUGUCCCGAGGAGCUCAAGUGUACUCAGGGAAGCCCAGGGAAGGAGCCAGAUGAACAGGAAGCACCUGAUGAUCAAGACUCUUCCCCACCCGAAGACACCUCUCUGUACCCCCACUCUCCUGGAACCACACAAUUUCAGCAGAACAACCACCCCCAUGGGCAGCCGUACACCGGGCCGGCUGCUCAGCACAUGAACAACCCUCAGCGUCCUGGUCCUGCGUCUGCCCCGACUCCAGGACCGACCCAGACCACCACCACCCCAGGCCCUGGUCCCACUCCUGGCCCGGGCCCGCGAGCACAAGAGAACUGGGAGAGCACCGAGGACGUCGCCCCUGCCACCGCCCCCGCCCCGACCCCUGCCCCGACCCCUGCCCCAGCCCCCGCGCCCACCACCUCUACUACCCCAACGCCUGCCCCACCUAAGGAGUAACGCCCCCCUAGCCCUCUGCUGUGCCUCGAGCCUCCAUCGUCCCGCUCUCCUUCCUCUCAUCCUUCGGUCAACAGAGCUCCUCGUCGGGCCUCUGUCUCUCUCUCUCUACUUCUCUCUGGCCCCAGGGCAGGGCAGAGCCAGGCCUCCCAUCCCCUCUCCUGGCCACUUCUCUCCCCCGUCGGCCUGUGGGAGGCGCUCUUCCCUGGCCUGGGGCUUCCUGACCGUGUGACAGGGCCCUACUGGCGGCUGCAGAGGCGAGGGAGUGGACAAGAGUUCUAAUAAAGAAAAACAAAUUCACCCAGAGCUGACGAUGCUGAUGUGCUUGUCUACACGACGAAAAAGGUGUACAUAGUACGUUAAUGUUUUUGACUGUUCAGAUCCCCGAGUAGCAUAACUCUGUGUUUGCUGUUGGGAGAUGUUGCAGAUAUUAUGAAAAACAAAAUGGAAAUUAUAAAUAAGAAAAAUGCCCAAAAAAAAAAACCAACUGUAAGAAGACAACAACUCCUCUUUGUUUUAUCACCCAUGCUCAGCAGUAAAGUUUGUUCUACCAUCGGACGGUUACUGGUCAUUCAACUGUAGAAGGAUGCAUUGUUAUUAUCAUAAUUAUAUUAUUAUUCUUAAGCUCCUUGGCAACCUUAUGACCCAUGCCAAAUCAACUCACGAGCUGUGGUUGGUUUUAGUGUGAGAUAUGGAAUGGUUGGGUGGACUUUUACGGUGUUUGGUUGAUGUGAAAAAGCAGUGAUGCAACAUUGUUCUGAAACUCAUUGCCUUUCUUUUUCUUUUUUUUUUUUGUUCUGGUAAUUAAUUCAAUCCUUUUUGAAGCUCUAUUUAAUAUGCUGUAACAUUUAGCAUGGCUUCUCACCAGAAUAGUGUAGCCCAAGGGAAGACUUGUGAUCAUAACAACCUAAAGCUGUUCUUAAUCCACAUCUCCAGAGGGGUGUUGUUACCCUUAGGUUUUUUUUUUUUCUUUGUUUUUUUUCUACUCAUCUACCCUAUCUACAAUGAGGGCGAUAUUUUGAACCAAUGUAUGAAUAAGUGGCUUUUCAAUUGCACAUUAUAAUCCUCCAACUUCAACAUUUGGCAGUCAGUUUUGGUGGGAUAGACAGCUUAGCUUUCAUCUUAAGGAAUUCUGAAAAAUGAAACACAUAUGCAACAGAAUCGCUGCACUGGGUUAUCUGGUGUAAAAUAGACUGCGUGGUUUGCUUCGGUCUCUUCAAUAGAGCCUAGUCGUAGACAGACUUGUUGCCCAUCGGCUUCCUUUCUGCCGUGGAGCCGGUCAGGUUUGGCGUCUUGGCUGUGUUUCGGGAUGAAGUAAGCAGCAGUGAGACCCUCACCCUGUCGCUCUACGGAGUAUAGGUUCCACAGCAGGGUUGUACCGCAAGAAUAGCAGCUGGUUAGUCAUGUUGCAACUUGAGCUAACUUGUAAUUCUGUAGGAGUAAAAGGUAAACAUCAGUAAAUACUGUAUUUAAUUGGUAACUUGAAUGCAUGUAUUUUUUGAAUUAUUAUUUUUUUUUUUUUUGUCUAAAACAUACCAAAUACUCCUGCAAAUGAAAAUAUUCUGCCCAUCGUAUUAUAUUUAAAUAUUUUGCUCUUAUUUUAUAGAAUUUAUUUUGUUGUAUUUCACUAAAAAAUAGAAUUUGAUUUAAGAGGAACAUUUUUGUCCUUGUGUUAUUUUUAAAGAAGAUAUUGACUGUACAGAGUUCUGCGCCCUGUUUUUUGCCGACUUUUGUUUUGGCCAUGGUGUGACGUUGAAUUCUGGAGCUACAGUCGCGAUGUGGACUUUCACUUUGUGAGGUUUUUUGUGCACAGAAAUAUAACAAAAAAAAAAAGCAUUGCGCCCUUAGCAAAUAAAGAACAUGGAAUCUUG